GUCUGAUACGUACAUCUAUGAUACUAACCAUAACCUCAUACCAUAAGUAACUUGUGAAUGUAAAUCUUGAAUCUGCUGUAAUUUUAAUAUAAGAGAGUGAAGUGCACUGUAUAUUUAAAUGUCCUGUCUUCUUUUUUAAUUUGAUUGUAAGCUUCAAACGUUCCAUCACACUUGAACAGUAAUGCUAAUGCAGGAAUAAUUGCAUAUAUAUUUGGUUAAUUUAUCUUCACGUACUAUUUCAUCAAAAUGGAAAUACCUUCAGAAUCUAAUAACAAAAAUUCAAUGGAAAAUUUAACAAAGGAAGAAUUAGUAGAAAAAUGCAAAACUCUUUUACAGGUUACUGAUAAAGACAAGCAAGUUAAAAAUACACUUAUACAGGAAAAUAAAAUACUUCAAGAGCGUUUAUCUGAUAUUGAAAAGAAUGUAAAUAAUACCAACAGGGAAUUAAUUGAGAAUUUAACACAUCAGAAGUUAGAAUUAGUUUCUACAAUUUCAAAUAUGGAAUUUGAAAAAAGUACUUUACAAAGUGAACUAAGUCAAUGUCAUAUAAAAUUGUCAGAUUUGGAAAAUAAGUUAGGUGACAUGGAUACACAAAAUCAAAGUUUUAAGAGACAAGUACAGCGUCUUAAUGAUGAAAAUGAAGGUUUGUUAAUAAACUUGGAUGCAUUAGAAAAAGAAAUUAAAGAAGUUAAAGAUAUUAACUGUAGUUAUCAAAAGGAACUUACUAUGUUACAUGAUAAAAAUAUAAACCUUAUGAAAGAACAGCAUAAAUUUAUUGAAAUACAGAAAACUUGUGAAAAAUUGCAAGAAAACAUAAGAUUUCGAAGAGAAAAUACUAAACUAUCUGACAAAGAUGAUACUUUAGAAAAUAAACACAAACUAGAAACUGAAGGAACUACAUCUGAAGAACAGCAUAAUGAAAAUAACACUUCAAAAAUUAUCCAAGAUACGAUCAAAGAUUUACAUCAAAAUACUUCAUAUUUAAUGCAAAAAAAUGAGGAAUUAACUCUUGAAAAUGGUAAAUUAAGUGAAGAAAACAAUAGUCUUUAUAAUCAAAACAAGGAAUUGGUGCAUACAUCAUCUAAAUUAAAGAAAAUUGUUAGUGAGUAUGAAAAUACAAUAAUUGACCUUAAUAGAAAAAAUAAAGAAAAAGAACAACAAAUUGAAAAUUACUUAAAUUCUAAGGAUGAUCUUAAUACAGAAUUACAUAAAAAUAGAGCACUGAUUGAAAAAUUGCAACAAGACCUUCAUUCUACAGCAGCCAAACUUGCUGACAAUCAAAUUGUAUGUAGUGGCAUUACAACUGAUCUCCAAAAUACCAAUGAAAAACUAAAAGAAAAAUUGAAAUCCUAUCACUCAAAAAUUGUUAAAUUUGCAAAAGAUGUUGCAAGUUUAAAAAAUUUGAAAGAUACCUUGAUAAAUGAUUCUAAGAAAUAUAUAUUGGAAGCUCAAAAUUGGCAGAAACAAUUAGAAAUAUUAUCAAAUGUUUUUGUGAAUGAGUUAAACAGAAUCAAAAAUGAAAAUUUGUUACUAUUAAAAGAAAAUGUAGCAUUUAAAGAAACACUUGCAGAUUCUAAUAAAAAUUAUGAAACAUUGGCUAAAGAAAAAGAGACAUUGCUACAGAAUUUUGAUAAUAUUUCUCUAAACAAUAUUGGAAAUGAAAACAAAAUUGGAAACCUAAGUACAGAUAAAAAAUCAACUGAAGAAAAUUCCUUAAUCAAAAAGGAAUUUUGUCCUGUGAAAACAAUAAGUGAUACUUUAGAAAAUGAAAUACAAUCACUAAAAGUGAAAAACAAAGAGUUAGAUGAUAACCUAGGAAAAGAAAUUGCAGAAGUUUUAGCUUUAAAAACAACAAAUCAUGAAUUACAAUUAGAAAAUCUUAAUUUAGAAAAGUUGAAACUUGACGAAUCUAAAAUUAGUUCAAAAGAUAAAAUUAACUCUGAAGAUCUAUCUUGUUUUACAACUAAAAAUAAAGAAAAUCUACAGAAUUUUUGUAAAGUUAACACUGAAGAAGAUAGUAAAGAUGUCGAAGGUGUUCAUAUUCAAAAGCAAUUAUUAGAGUUACAUAGCAUAAAUGAGAUCCAAUUGAAAGAAAUUAAUGAAUGCAAACAACAUAAUGAAUGUUUAAUCAAAGAGUUAGAAACUUUAAAAACUGCUGAAAUAGGUUUAGCUGAACAAUCACGACGAGAAAUUGUAAAAUUGAAUGAAGAAAUUCUUCGCCUUACUAAUAUUAAUGAAGAACUUCAAGAAAGAAUAAAGAAAAAUGAAAAAUUGCUUCUAUUAACACAUUUUAAAGAAACUCAGACAAAUGAAAAUUUGGAUAAAGAAAAUGAAUUAGAAGAAACUGUAAGUAUUUUAAAACGUGAACAUAAUGAGUUAUUAUCUGAGAUGAAUUUUAUGAAUCAAGAGCUUAAGGAACGUGGUGAAAUAAUAUCUAAGCAGGAGGAGCACUGUGAAGAACUGCGGAAGAAAAUUAAAGUUUUUGAAAUACAAAGUAAUAAAGCCAGUGAAAUAAUUCAAGCAAAAGAAGGUAUAAUUACUGAACUACAAACGGAAUUACAAAACUUAAAACAAUAUUUAUCAGGUCAAAAUUUCAAAUGUGAAGAAGAUAAUCAAUUAAAUUCUGUAGUAGAUGAAUUAAGACAAAAAAUAAAUCUAGUUGAAUACCAGUCUCAUGAAAAAUGUGAUAAUGAAGUAGAUUCAAUGUCUGCCUCUACCAUAUCAAAAACAGAAGAAAUAGGCAGACUCAAAGAUUUGGAAGGAUCAUGGGAAGAAAAAUAUGGAAAAUUAAGAUCAUUAGCAAUCAAACUUAAAGGCAAGGUAAGAAAUUUAGAAGAAGAAAUAGUCAAAGAACAGCAAGAAAGGACUCAUUUACAACAAAAAUUUUCAAAUAGCAUUAAAACUUCCCAAAUGCUUCAAACCAAAUGUGAUAAAGUCGAAGAUGAACUUGAUAAUAUUAAAACUGAAAAUGAAAAAUUAUCCAAAAAGCUUGAUUCAGCAGCACUAGAAUUGAGUAGUGCAAAAAAACAGCUUUCUAUAGACGAAGAACAGAUAUGUGAAUUGAAACGUCAGAUAGAAACUCUAACUAGAGAAAAACAGGAAGUUAAUAACUGGAAGCGACAAGUUGGAGGAAAGAUACAGACCUUAAGGAAAGAAGUAGAAGUUAAUUCAGCUCUCAAAAAGGAUCUUGAAAAUCAAAUAUCAAAACUAAAAGCUGAUCUUGAAUUAAAAGAGCACGAAUUAAAAGAAGAAAUUGAGCUUCACAGUCAGACAAAAAGCUUACUUCAAGAGUCAAAUAAUGAAUGUAAAAAGCAGUCAGUGCUUAAUUUAGAAAUGCAAGAUUAUGAGCGAGGCCUAAAAGAUCUGUCUCAAAAAUUAGAAAAGAAACAAGAAAUCAUACAAAGUUUUAAAGCUCAACUAGAAUCCCAAAAAACAACUUCAAAUGCAUUGAAAGAACAAAAUCGAGUAUUAGAAGAACGUUUUCAAUUGAAUGAGGUGGAAUUGGAUGAAGCUAGAAAACGAAUUAGUGCCUACCAAAAGAAUAUAAACAAUUUGGAAGCUGUCAUCAUAAAUAAAGAUGAAAAAAAUGCAGAAUUGAUGAGCUCAAUUGAAAAUUUGCGUCUGCAAAAUGAAGAAUUAUCUGCUGCGUUGUCUAAGGUGAUUUCAGAACAGCAAAAGGCAAACUUGAGCCUAAAAAGUGAAAAAGAAUACUUACAAAGUCAAAACAUAGGUUUGGAACAACGCCUACGUGAAGUUCAAGGUAUGUUAAAUAUUCAAGAAGAAGAACUAAAUUUACUACAAAUGGAUUAUCAGAAUUAUAAAGUUAGGGCACAGACUGUACUUAAACAAAGUCAAAAUCGAGAUGUUGCACAAGAAGAAAAAUUAUCUCAUGAACUUUCCACUUCCAAAGCACAAAUUGCAGUUUUAACGGAGCAGUUGAAAGAUUCAAGAAAUGUUUUGAUAAANGAGAAUGCCAAUUUGAUUUUGGAAAAAGAAAAUGUAGAAUUAAGCAUAAAACAAAUGAAGAAUGAAAUAGAUGAUUAUAAAAAACAACUUAAUGAGAUGUCCUGCAAAUAUCAUUUGGCCGUUAGUGAACAUUCAGACAGUAUUAGGAAUUUAAAAAUUCAUUUAGAAACUGUUACACAGUGUUAUAAGCAGCAAUUGUCUGAACAAGAAGUUCGGCAUAAUAGAGAAAUAAUCGAAUUACAAAGUAAACUAGAAAAAGGAAACUUUCUACUUGAAAAUCAGUCAGCUGUACAUCCAAUAACGCCUCGUGAAGAAGGAGAAGGCUCCGAAAGUGUUGAUUCCAUUAAUGUUUCCAAUACCUAUCCUGUACCAUUAGAACGUCUCCUUAAUAAUGAAUACGAUCAAGAAGUAAUACAUAUUAAAAAACAGCUUGUGCAGAACGAUGCAAAAGUAUCACAUCUUACUGCAUUGCUAGCUGAUACAGAACAGGAUUUGGCAAAGCAUGUACAAAUGAAUAGACUUUUAAAAGAAGAGAUUCGGAGACAACAGAGAUCUGUGGAGCGAGAAAAACAUGCUGAAAAUUUGGAGUAUUUGAAAAAUAUCAUUUACAAGUUUGUUACAUUAAGUAGUGGUGAUGAAAGGAGCCGCUUAGUGCCAGUACUUAAUACUAUUUUGAAAUUCAGUAAAGAAGAAAUACAAAAAUUAAACGAAGUUGCUAGAGGUGAACAAGGACUUCGUGGUUGGACUAAUUAUUUAUCAUCUGCAUGGACUUCGCCAAAUAAACCCCAAUAAUAGAUAAAUAAUAAAUAUAAGUAUUUACUACCAAUAUUUUCUUGUUUAUUAUUCUUCAUAUAAUUUGUAUAU